GCGGUGCAAGGGGGAGAGGGCGGCCAUGGCGGGGCCCAGCGACCCCGGAGUCCCCGCCGCCCGCUGGAAACGCCACAUCAUGCGGCAGCUUCGACAGCGAGACCGAACGCAAAAGGCCCUCUUCCUGGAGCUGGUGCCGGCCUAUAACCGUCUCCUAGAGAAAGCAGAGCUGCUGGCCCAGUUCUCAGAGAAGCUGCAGCCAGAGCCCACCGAUGUCACUCGGGCUCUCCACCAGGGCGGCUGGGAGGAGGAGUCAGGGCCUGACUCAGACGGAGUCCCAUCACCAGCAGCUCUGAGGGUGAAGUGGCAAGAGGAAGAGGAGGGGCUCCGGCUGCUGUGUGGAGAGAUGGCCUACCAGGUGGUGGAGAAGAGCGCAGCCCUGGGCACCCUGGAGUCACAGCUGGGUGAGCGGCAAAGCAGGUUGGCAGCUCUGGAGGCCCGCGUGGCGCAGCUGCAGGAGGCGCGGGAGAAGGAGGAGGGACAGGUGGAUGCGCGGCGCGCGCUGAACGCGGCACAGCGGGCGGCCUAUGAGGCGCUGCGCGUGCACGUCGGGCACCAGGAGGCGGCUCUGCGCAGGCUCGAGGAGGAGGCACGCGACCUGCUGGAUCGGCUGGUGCGGCGCAAGGCGCGCGCCGCAGCCGAGCGCAACCUGCGCAACGAGCGCCGCGAGAGGGCCAAGCAGGCGCGGGUGUCCCAGGAGCUGAAGAAGGCAGCCAAGCGGACAGUGAGCAUAAGCGAGAGCCCAGACACAUUAGGCGAUGGGAUCAGAGAGGAAGCAGACACUCUGGCUCUGGCAGCUGAGCCAGCGUUCCUGGAGAGUGAGGCUGGUGAGAAAUGGAAGAGGCCCUUCAGGUCUGCCUCCGCCACCUCCCUGACGUUGUCCCGCUGUGUGGAUGUGGUGAAGGGGCUUCUGGAUUUCAAGAAGAGGAGAGGCCACUCAGUUGGGGGAGCCCCUGAGCAGCGAUACCAGAGCAUCCCUGUGUGCGUGGCCGCCCGACUUCCUACCCGAGCUCAGGAUGUGCUGGAUGCCCACCUCUCCGAGGUCAAUGCUGUUCGUUUUGGCCCCAGUAGCAGCCUCCUGGCCACUGGAGGGGCUGACCGCCUCAUCCUCCUCUGGAAUGUCGUGGGAGGGCGCCUGGAGGCCAACCAGACCCUUGAAGGAGCUGGCGGCAGCAUCACCAGUGUGGACUUUGACCCCUCGGGCUCCCAGGUACUGGCAGCUACUUACAAUAAGGCCGCCCAGCUUUGGAAGGUUGGGGAGGCACAGUCCAAGGAGACACUAUCUGGACACACAGACAAGGUGACGGCUGCCAAAUUCAAGCUAACGAUGCAUCAGGCGGUGACCGGGAGCCGGGACCGGACAGUGAAGGAGUGGGACCUCGGCCGAGCCUACUGUUCCAGGACUAUCAAUGUCCUUUCCUACUGUAACGAUGUGGUGUGUGGGGACCAUGUCAUCAUUAGUGGUCACAAUGACCAGAAGAUCCGGUUCUGGGACAGCAGGGGACCCCGCUGCACCCAGGUCAUCCCUGUGCAGGGCCGGGUCACCUCCCUGAGCCUCAGCCACGACCAGCUGCAUCUGCUCAGCUGUUCCCGAGACGACACGCUCAAGGUCAUCGACCUGCGUGUCAGCAACGUCCGCCAGGUGUUCAGGGCUGAUGGCUUCAGGUGCGGUUCUGACUGGACCAAAGCUGUGUUCAGCCCAGACAGAAGCUACGCACUGGCAGGUUCCUGGGAUGGAGCUCUUUACAUCUGGGAUGUAGACACUGGGAAACUGGAGAGUAGCCUUCGGGGACCCCAUUGCGCUGCCGUCAAUGCCGUGGCCUGGUGCUACUCUGGGAGCCACGUGGUGAGCGUGGACCAAGCCAGGAAGGUUGUGCUCUGGCACUAGUGCCACGACUCCCCUGCCUGAGCUGGAGCUCUAGUCCAAAGCCUGAAGCUGGAGGACAGCUUCCCACUGCCCCAGAGGCUCCAGGGCCAGUAGGGGUGCAGGGAUGGGGGUGGCAUUUAGUGGGUAAGAAGGCCUGGCAGGACCUGGCCUGUUUGUUUAAAAACAAAGUGUGGGUUGGGGGGGAUUACUGUAUUGUUUAUCUCUGGCAAAAGUGGAAAAAAAUUACAUUUAAACUGGCGUCUGCUUGCCUCUUUGCAGCAUUCAGGGAACAGGGAAGCCUUUGGGUGGAGGCUCAGGGAGACCCAGGCUGGGCUCCCUUUCCUCCCCCCCGCACAGAGCUGGGCAGAGCUGGCCCGCCUUCUGUGCUGACAGCAUGAAGAAAGGCCCAGAGGCAGCAAAGGACAGUGGCUUUUGGAGCAGUGGAAAUUUCAUCCUCGGUCUAAGCUGGUCCUGGUCCUUGGGCCCUUCUGUUUCAGACACCCAGAGUAGACCGAGGCUGAGGAGGGGCCAUGUGAAUUCUGAGGAGGGAGCAGGGGAGACAGCCGAGAGGGGCCCUGUGGAAAGGAUCCUGAAAAACCAGAGUGAUGUCAAGUACUCGGUACAACAGGCCUGCCUUUAGACCGGGGCCGCAUUCUUGCCCCAGAGGCAGACCCCUUGUGUGGCGGGGAGGACAUCCGUGGGCUGGGCCUGGGCCUCGCUUACAUCAGCAUCAGAUUUAAGCCACACAACAAGCAUCUGGAGUACAUGGCAGACCCAAUAGGGUGGAACCUGGCCACUCCCAUUCCCUUCCCCAACCUGGGGCGUGGAGGAGGGUCAGUGGGACGGCCAUUGCCAGUCACCAGGUGUUGAAGGGGACUUCUGUCCCUGAGUGAUAGGGGCUGACCUCUGGGGGUCCGCGCAGUUGAGAUUCAAGGCUUUACUCUAGAACUCUCAGCCUCCUUUAUUACCUUACAGUGUCUCUCCUGAGUCCCAGCGUUUUGCAGACUAUUUCCAGGAUGGGCAGGAGAGAGCUAAGAGCCAGGACUCUGCAGCUAGACUGUCUGGGUUUGAAUCUCUGCUCUGCUAUUUAGUAGCAGAAUGAUUCUGAGCAAGUUACUUAAUGUCUUUGUGCCAUAGUUUCCUCCUGUGUAAAAUGGGAAAAUAGCAGUAUCUACCUCAAAGACUGUUGGAAGGACUCGAUGCAUCAGUAUUUGUAAAGUUCCUGGCACGUGACAAAGGCUGUUUAGGUGUUGGCUGAAUACCCAAAUCUACACUCUGCUGAUCCCAGCUCACUCACUGCCCUCGGCCCAGCUGUCCCCUGAGCUAUGGGUGACAUACCCAGCUGCCUCCUAGGCAUCAUCUAUCCCUGUCAUAAGCGUCUCUUCCCCUCACACCCCACUUCUUGGGCACCAAGGCGUGGGGCUGUUGCGUCUAACUCUCCUUUCCAUUCCUGCUGCCACUGCAGGCCACCUUGUCCUCGACCUGCUGUCUCCACCUAGUUCCCUCCUUGCCAUGGCCAGAGUGACUUUCUAAGGUGUUGUGGUCAUACGUCCAACCCUUUGAAGUUCUGCACUGCCUGCAGAGAAACUCCUUACCCUCAGGAUGUGGCCUGCUGGCCUCAGCUGCAUCUUCACUUUGUUGCUACUCUGAAUGUGUCUUGCAUGUGAUUUUCUCUCUGCCCAGAAUGUUCUUCCCUCCCAACUCCUAAUUCAAAUUUGUCCUUCAGGAUCCCUGAGCCUCUCCUGACCUGCCAGGCUGGCUAGGAGCCUCCUCCAUCUCUGUGCCCCACCCCCACCCCCGUUUGUGUCUGCCUCCCUCCAUCUCAGUCAGGAAGCUCUUGGAAGAGGCCAGGAUGGGAGCAAAGUAUUCCCUGGGAUCAGGCCUCAGCCAGAGAAAGCCUCAGGGAAUGUUCAUAAGUGACUAAAUUCUCUUAUUUGAGGACUCAGCAAGUCUAACAGUCAAAGACUCUAGGAGUCCAGGAUCUUUUGAAUCUAAGACUGCUGAAGGUCUGGCCCUCAUGCCCUGGCUCCCAGCGGCCACCAGGAGUCACCAGCUGCCUAGGUCUGCCAAGGCCAUUCUCCCGCCUCCUGGGAUUCACGGCCAGAAAGACCAAAGCUUCCAGUAGCCACCGUUACUGAGCUGCGUCAGGCCCUGUGCCUUCUAUCCAGUAUCUUGUUCCUCCCAACCACCUUGUGAUGUAGGUGUCUCUUUCACAGAUGAGAAAAUUGAGGCUCAGAGAGGGUGAGUGAUAUGAGAUCAUCACAGCUGGCACAGCAGGAUUGUGACUCUUGUCAUACUUUUUUUUUUUUUUUAAACAAAAUGUCAGCAAAUCUGCGCUCCCAGUUAGGCAGAGCUGCAGGGCACUACCCGCUGUGCUCCAGCAGUGUGCCCACUGCCUCCAUCGGGUAGGUGAUUCUAGCUUUCUGUCUAAACUAAAUCCCUCCCUGCUUCUCUUUUUCCAUUCUGGCCCUGGGUGCCUAGGCCUGAGCCUGGGGGGCGGUUAGUGUCCUUUGAACUGAGGGACAUGCAGGGCCGCAGGAGGGAGGUGAACUUGAAUCCUGGGAGGCUGUUAAACCAGCUACAUCAUCUGGGGCAAGUACCUCACAGGACUGCAGUGAAUUCAGACUGCUUAGAGAAUGCAGAAAAGGAGCUCAGGAAAUUAUAUGACUCAACUCCUGGGACUGACCCCUUUACUCCCCUUAAGCCUUCCUUUCUUCAUGGGGCAGCUCUGCUAGCACAUGCCUGCCUCACUUCAGGGAGCACAUGCACACCUUAACUUACAUGGAGGGAAUGCUUCCUGGAGGAGCAAGUCUGGAAGGCCAGAGACAGGCUGGGCAUUACAGGGAAUGAGGCAAGUGUGGGGAAAAGGGUUGGCAAAGGCCAAGCAGGGGAAGAGCUCAGAGGGGUGCCAGCUGGGAAGGCUGCACCUCUAGUCUUUGCAGUCCCGGGCAGCAGAGGGGGCAGGGAUAGAACCCUGUGCUUAAAACCACUCUGAUAUGGGGACAUGUGUAUGCAUAUGGCUGAUUCGCUUUGUUGUGCAACAGAAACUAACAGGUAUUGUGGAGCAAUUAUACUCCAACAAAGAUGUAU